AUGGAUCUUUUUUUUGGGAGGAUCUCCAUCCCUGGGUUUUGGCUCACAGUGUCCCAUAUCUCAGGCCCCACGCUCAUCAACACGAGCAGCGCUUGCCGACAUCACACGGACCAGGCGCACCAGUUUGCCCAGUUCGCGGCACUCCACCGCUCCACCGCCGUGGUUCAAUGCUUCACACUCCAGCUGGAGUCGCACUCGCUCGACGUGCAGCUUCCGGGGCGACGGCGAUUUCCGCUACGAAGCCGCUCCCGGCCAUGUAUGUUUAUCAGACGCACGUCGAGGGCGAACGAGGCCCGCCUUGACGUCUACGCAGCUAGACGAUGA